CUGGGGUUACCUGGUAAUUCACACAGCCGAAUAAGUAGACGUCAGGUCAAUGGUUAUUUCAGUGUGAAAAACAUGGACUUUAAUAUACCGAUAGCCUGUCUUCUGUGCCUGAGCUCUUUGGCAUCCAGUGUGAUUACGUUAGGAACAACACCCGGAAUACAAAACAUUUUCAUCGGACGGUGUCUGGCGUACCAGGAGCUUCUCAAACCAUACCCACAAACGGAGGUGGAUUGUAACUUGUUAUGGGUGAAGUUUGUGUCCUCUUUUGCUGGAAAAGAACCCUGCGAAUUGAAGUCAGAGGACUACAGCGGUUUCAUUGAAAUGUCAUUAUCGUCAAUUCCGGAGGAUAAGGCUAUGUUUUGGUCAGGCACGUAUCGUGUCGCACAUGACUAUGCGGAGUCAGGGAACCGCUUCAUCACGUUGGAGGACACACUACUGGGUUAUAUAAUGAAUGGCUUGACAUGGUGUGGACAGACAGCUCCACCUGGUGUCAAUUACCGGAACUGUCCCUCGUAUAAUGACUGUCCGGAAACCGCUAGUACAGCCUUUUGGGGAACGGCAUCUUCACAGUUCGCGUCGCAAGCAAAGGGGACUGUGACGAUUUUACUAGACGGGUCAAAUCCAGCGAGACCUGCUUACAGUAGAGACAGUUACUUCGCUAAGUUUGAACUGCCGUCGCUGUCUCCUGACGAGGUGAAAAUGAUGAAUAUUUAUGUUGUACAUGCCAUUAACCAGCCAUACAGGGAGACGUGUGAAAAUGGCACUCUGCCCGCUCUGCAGCAAGCUGUUAAGGACCAUGGUUUGAGUUAUAGCUGUCGGGACAACCCUCAGUAA